CUCUGCGGCUGGCCCGGGCCCGGCGGACGCGCAGGCGCGCUAUGCACUCUGGGAAUGGCUGCGCAGCUCGGGUUGGCUGGGGGAGCAGACAGCGGAGUUUUAAUGUCCGCCAUGUUGGCCAUGGCGUAUUGAAGAGGGAGGGAGAAAGAGAGACACCGGAGCGCAUAGAACCCCACAAAAUAACACCCGAACCGAGCUACGGAUAACCCGGAGCACCGGGAAAGGCGCCAUUUUGAUCACGGCGGCUGGUGGGAAAGCGGCGGCAGAGCACGGAGACCCCCCAUGAGAGCAUCGCGGCACGGGAGGAUUUCCCCGCUCGUCGGUCGCAUGGCUUUGUUGUGGUAGACAGAAAAUGAGCAAAUUAUCGUUCCGGGCUCGGGCGCUGGAUGCGUCCAAACCGUUACCCGUCUUCCGCUGUGAGGAUCUCCCGGACCUGCACGAAUAUGCCUCCAUCAACCGGGCCGUGCCCCAAAUGCCCACGGGCAUGGAGAAGGAAGAGGAGUCGGAACAUCAUCUCCAGCGAGCCAUUUCAGCACUGCAGGUAUAUGGAGAGAAGCGGGAUAACAUGGUUAUUCCAGUCCCAGAGGCAGAAAGUAACAUCGCUUACUAUGAAUCUGUGUACCCAGGGGAAUUUAAGAUGCCAAAGCAGCUCAUUCACCUACAGCCUUUUAGUUUGGAUGCAGAGCAGCCGGAUUAUGACAUUGAUUCUGAAGACGAGGUUUUUGUAAACAAGCUUAAGAAGAAGAUUGAGAUUUCUCCUCUUCAAUUUGAAGAGAUGAUUGACCGAUUAGAGAAAGGCAGUGGACAGCAGCCAGUUAAUCUCCAAGAGGCUAAACUGUUGCUGAAGGAAGAUGAUGACUUGAUCACAGAAGUUUACGACUAUUGGAUCAAAAAAAGGAAAAACUGUCGUGGCUCCUCCCUUAUACCAGCAGUGAAACAGGAGAAGCGGGAUGGAUCAAGCACCAGUGAUCCUUAUGUCGCUUUCAGAAGACGUACGGAGAAGAUGCAAACAAGGAAAAAUCGAAAGAAUGAUGAAGCUUCGUAUGAGAAAAUGCUGAAGUUACGUCGUGACCUCAGUCGAGCGGUGACGAUACUAGAAAUGAUUAAACGACGGGAAAAAAGCAAGCGCGAAUUACUGCAUCUAACACUGGAAAUAAUUGAGAAGAGGUAUAACCUAGGUGACUAUAAUGGAGAGAUCGUGUCAGAGGUAAUGGCACAACGUCAGCCAUUGAAGCCCACCUAUGCCAUCCCCAUCAUCCCUAUUUCUAGUCCGUUUAAACAUCAGGAUACAAUAGAGAUUAAGAUUAACAAGCCAGAGAAAUCUGAUGUUGUACGACCGAAACGGAAAUAUGAGAAGAAGCCCAAAGUCUUACCCUUAUCUCCUGCUGCUCAACAGACAAGCCCUGCUGCACUGCCAGUGUUCAAUGCUAAAGAUCUGAAUCAGUAUGACUUUCCAAGCUCUGAUGAUGAGCCUCUCUCACAGGUCAUGUCUGGUUCAUCAGAAGCUGAGGAAGAGAAUGAUCCAGAUGGUCCCUUUUCUUUCCGUAGGAAAGCUGGCUGUCAAUAUUAUGCUCCACAUUUGGACCAAACUGGCAACUGGCCAUGGUGUAGUCCAGAGCAAGGAGGAUUAGGAGACAUUCGCUAUAGAUACUGCCUCACUACCCUCACUGUUCCGCGCAAGUGCAUUGGGUUUGCACGAAGACGGGUUGGGCGUGGAGGAAGGGUACUUAUUGACAGAGCGCAUUCUGACUACAACAGUGCUUUUCGUCAAUUGGAUGUUGAUAUGCUUUCCUCUCCAGAACACACUUCAAUCAACUUAUUUGCCAAUACCUCAGAAACGAAUACCUCGGAUAAAUGUUUCUCUAAAGACCUCAGCCAGAUAUUAGUCAAUAUAAAAUCAUGUAGGUGGCGCCAUUUUAGGCCUCGGACAACAUCCCUACAUGACAGUGACAUUGUUGACUUUUCCUGUAGAACGUUUCACAAGGGUAUAACACGAACAGGCACAGCACAACCUGGGACCCAGAAUUGCAGUACCUCGACAUCAAGUAAAAGUAGCAGUGGUUCAGCACACUUUGUAUUUACAGCCGAACAAUACCAGCAACAUCAACAACAACUGGCACUAAUGCAGAAACAGCAACUUGCUCAAAUCCAUCAACAGCAGGCAAAUAACUCAUCUGCUAACACAUCACAGGGUUUUGUUUCGAAGACAUUGGACUCUGCGAGCGCUCAGUUUGCAGUCACAGCAUUGGUAACAUCUGAACAACUGAUGGCCAUCAAAAUGAAGGAUGAUGUUGUCCUUGGAAUUGGAGUGAAUGGCAUUCUUCAAGCCUCAGGAGUAUACAAGGGCUUACACCUCAGUAGUAAUACGCCUGCAGCACUCGUACACACAAGUUCAUCAUCAACAUCAUCAACUGGUUCAGCCUUGCUACAGCCUUCCAAUAUAACACAGACUGCUACUUCCCACAGCACUCUGAGUCACCAAGUAACUGCUGCCAAUUCUGCAACAACUCAGGUUCUGAUUGGGAAUAACAUCCGAUUAACUGUACCCUCCUCCGUUGCCACUGUAAACUCUAUAAACACCCUCAAUGCACGCCAUUUACCCAGGACUUUAAGUGCUGUUCCCCCAUCUGCCUUAAAGCUCGCUGCAGCAGCAGCAGCGAACUGUCAGGUACCCAAGAUUCCAGCAGCAUCUUCUGUGGAUGGAGUACCGAGGGAAAACCAUGAAACAGAAAAGCCAGCAUUGAACAGUAUAGCAGACAACACAGUAGCUAUGGAAGUGACGUAGUUUUGGCAGGAAUGGGACUGCAGCCUUGGGAACUUGUUUAGGUGCUAUGCAUCAGUAGCAUUAUGAAUGCAAGGGAUGACGGGAAGCGGCACACUGCGUUUCCUCGGCAGCUGUGGGGACUCAACAGCAAUGCACAUCUCUCAUGCUUUGAUUUCUUUUCUCUUUUUUUGUACUGUUAAUAGGAAAGAAUAAACAUCUGUAAAUUAUGAA